CUUAUUUUGCUCAUGAUAUCUGUAGCAUAGAAAAAAACACCAUAUGGACAUGUUUCCAAGUUUAAGAACUUGAUUUUCUACUUUUACGUCUCUACAGGAUGUUAAUACCAUCGCCAACUUUUCAAAUCAUAACACUGCGCUCUUACAGGUUCCUCAAGUCCAGGGGACACAAGCAGCGAGAGGAGCCUCUCCUCAUCAACCGCCACAACCUCCCUCCCACACAGACCACCAGCUGCUCAAUACAGAGCCACUGGGAGCUAUCCAGCAGCAGUCGCCCCACUCUGCGUCCCUCUCUCCUCCCCCAUGCAAGCAACCGUCACCCUACAUGCCGAGCCCUGGGUCCACUCACCCUGUCCAUCAUCCCUCUGCUUCUCCUUCAGCUGGGCUCCCACCUGCUCCCCCCAUUUCUUCCAUUAACUCCUUCCCACCUCCCCAUCCACCCGGCCCCACUUUCUCCGUCCCCACUGCCUCUGCUACCCCUCUGUCUGCAGCCAACAUGUCUGCAGCGUCUCCAGUGGCUCCCUCUUUCUCUGAUGCCACUCUGUCCUUCCCUGCUAACUCAGUAUCUGUCCCCACUUUCUCCUGCGCUCCUAACGCAGCACCUGUGUCUGUCUGCACCGUGUCAGGACCCAUUCACUCCUCUGUGUGUGUCGUCCCUUCAUCUGUUGCUCCUGUUGUCUCAGUAAACUCCUCCACUGAUCCUCCGCUGCGCUUCACCUUCGAUGAGAUGAUCUUACCAGACCUGUACGCGUCUUUCAAGUCUCUAUUCAAGACCAUGCGUGAGAGGGGAGGCUCACAGUGUAAGUACUCUUGACUGUAAAAGUACUCU